AUGCUCUUUGUCGUCUCGACUCCUGGUCUGUUCGACGCCGUCUUCAAUCUUGUUCGCAUCUUCCGAUAUCGCAGUCGCGGCAUCACCACGACGUCCAACCUUGAUAUCGGCCCCAAAAUAAGCAGGCCCCUCGCCAACUACAAGAUUGGUGAGAGUAGCUUGACCGUGCUCAACGGCGUCGUAUUCGUUGCCCGUAGGCACCAAUCUGCCCUAAGACUUUGGCGGGGCUAG